AUGCAGAAACAGCGUGAUGUGGAAGUCCAGAGGCAGGCAACUCUGGGGCUGAUCAGGAGGACGAAAAACCUCGAUAAGGCGGGGAAUAAUGGUGCCCUGCGUCGAAACACCCUGCAAAGACUCAUGGUCCUGUCCCAAUCUCCCCAUCCGGAAUUGAAGAUCCUCGCUGCACAGAACAUACCCAUUUACUUUUCAGACGACCCAGAGCAGGGAGAACAAGCUAUCAACGCGAUAUACGACCUCUGCGAAGACCAGUCUUCUCAAGUCCGAAUUGAAGGAUACAAAGCCAUCUCUGAAAUAUCUCGGCUUGACAAUAGAUUGCUGAAACGGAACGCAGAUGUUUUGUUGCAACUGUUGCAAAGUGAUGAGCCAGAGGAAGUAGUCGUUGUGAAGAAGGCGCUCGUGAAUCAUGUGAAGAUGGGCCCGGAAGUUACACUAGGGGUUUUGUGCGAUCAGCUAUCCACAGUGGAAGAGGGGUUGGACGAGGAAGAGAAAGCGAUCAGGGAACGACUGCGGAAGCUUGUUUGCAAUUUUCUGCAGGAAGAUAUGGGGAGCCUGAUUGAGAGCGAUGGCACCAACCAAGGUGACGAUUUAGAGGAGGUCAUUUUGCGAAGCUUCCGUGAGGUCGUGCCGAAGUUGGAAAUACCGACAAUAGAACGCAUCGUGAAAGAUCUUGUGCUAAAGCUUCCUAUCUUCCAGUCGCCUUCAGAUCGUGGCAAGCCCUUGGUUGACGCCUUACUCGAAAGAGCCUUGCUCGAGCUUCGCAGUGCUGGGAAACCUUCGUUGUCGACUGCCAAGCCUCUUCUCAAACUAGCGCAAGAUCUGGUCAUCGUUCACCGAGUGUCUCCACCACUAUCGCUUCUCCAGCUCUACUGUAAUUCUCUCACAGGGCGAGUGUUUCUGCAGCAGCUGUCGCGCGACGAACGACCGUGGAUUGUCCUUAGUCUUGCUGAACUGCUCUCGUUCUGUCAUCAAAAUGCGUCUGGCGACCAGGAUGUGCUUCAACACCAAUGGAAGAUUGUCGAUGCUACACCGUUCUUACUUGAGACUAUGCUCACUUACAUUAGUACUAGGAAAUAUAGUUCCACCUGCAUUACGUUGCUCCGGAACUGUCUAUACCGACAGAAAAGUCAACAGUGGAACAUUACGCCCAUCCUGAGAACCGCAUUGGAGAAGCUGCGUUUCAUGGUGAUGGAGGCAAUCCCAGCUGGAGACGAAAACAAGCGGGAAUUGCAAAAGCUGCUUCUGUUCCUCAUGCCUUCGGAUGCCGUGAAGGGGAUAGCGCCUCCUCCGAAAACAAGAACUCCUGAGAUUGUAGCCCCUGCUCCUAUACUUGCAGCUGCUCAAACGGGGCCCCGCAGAGCAGCUCUACAAAUACCACACUCUCGACCCUCUAGUUCUGCGGGACCUAGUCGACCUAGCUACGGUGAAAGCAGGCCGACUUCAGCAUUGUCUUCAAAGAAGCGCAAGAGCAUCGGCGAUUUAUGCGAACCUCCUGCCAAAAAGUCACUACUAAACCGUUUACAGUCUAAUACGCCAGAACCCUUCAUGGCCUCCGCACCGCAACCUCAAGGCUUGUCGAUCAAAGGUGCUGCUUCCAAGUCAGACGCGACAAGCAAUCCCAGCAGUUCUAUUUCCCCUCAACCCCCAAAAUCUGGCGGCGGUUCAUCCAAUUCCCUUUUGGCUCGCUUGCAAGGCAUGGAUGCUACUUUUUCUUCCUCGCCUCUGUCAGAAUCAUCUGGAUCGACAUCUGAGUCCAGACAGCGCAGGAGAAAAAAGAGAUGA